UCAAUGAAUUACCGCAGCAGCUGAUCUAAUUAGCUCCUCAAAUAUAUUCCCUCUUUAAUUCGCUCCUAGCUACAAGUACAAGAAUAAUCAUAUAUACACCAUGGCGAGCGAUGGAACUGAUCCGGCCACCUCCGACUCAAAGCCUCCGCCAUCCCUCGGGAAGAGGAUCACCGUCCUUUCCAUCGACGGCGGCGGUGUUCGCGGGCUGAUCCCCGCGACGAUCAUCGACUUCCUUGAAUCAGAACUGCAGAAACUCGACGGGCCUGAUGCGAGAAUAGCUGACUACUUCGACGUGAUCUCCGGCACGAGCACCGGUGGCCUUGUCGCCACCAUGCUCGCCGCUCCCGGAGAGAAUAACAAACCACUGUUCGCCGCCAAGGACAUUGUUCAGUUCUAUUUGGAUCAUAGUCCCAAGAUUUUUCCACAGCAAAGGUCUGGGUUCCUGAGUCCAGCACUCAACUUGGUUGAUGCUCUCGCUGGACCAAAAUACAAUGGCAAGUACCUUCACACCAAGAUUCAAGAACUCUUAGGCGACACAAAAUUAAGUCAAACUUUGACCAACAUCGUCAUCCCUACUUUUGACAUUAAAAUUUCUCAACCCAUCAUAUUCUCCACUUAUGAGACGGAGAAGAAUCCGUUGAAGAACGCUCUUCUGUCGGACAUCUGCAUCAGCACCUCCGCCGCCCCCACAUACCUCCCGGGGCAUUACUUUGAAACCCAUGACGAUCAAGGAACGACGAAGAGCUUCAACCUCAUCGACGGCGGCGUGGCGGCAAAUAACCCAACGAUAUCCGCCAUAAGCGAAGUGACGAAGCAGAUUCUGAAAUCGAACACGGAUUUCGACUCGUACCAACCGGUCGACUACAGUCGGUUUCUGGUGCUCUCGAUCGGGACCGGAACACCUAAACAGGAGGAGAAUUAUAGCGCACAGACGAGCGCUCGAUGGGGUUUGCUCGGGUGGUUGUACAACGGAGGAAAUACUCCCAUCAUCGACAUUUUCUCCCAGGCGAGCUCCGACAUGGUGGAUAUCCAUCUAGCACAUGUUUUUCAGGCACAGGACAGUGAAGGCCGUUACUUUCGCAUACAGGACGAUACUUUGACUGGUGAUGCGACUUCGGUGGAUAAGUCGACGGAGAAGAACUUACAGAAUUUGGUGGAGAUCGGGAAGAAACUGCUGGAGAAGCCGGUGUCGAGGGUGAACCUGGAGACAGGCCUGUCGGAGCCGGUGGUGGAUGGGAAGGGAGGAACCACAUCGAACCGAGAUCGACUCGUCUACUUCGCCAAGAAGUUGUCGAGUGAAAGGAAGCGUCGGCAGGAGAGUUUGGCUUCCAAUGCGUGAGAGUUACGUUGUGGAUUACUCAGCAUCAUCAAUAAUUAAUGUUGUUCGUCUAAAAAUAUAUAAAUAACUAGUCAUCAAUAAUUAAUGUUGUUGGGAUUGCACCAAUUUGUCAAACUUGUAAGCAUGAUUAAUUUGUUUAAGCUAUUCAAUGGAAGCACGUACGUGAUUGUUCAGUAGGAAAA